AUGGCUGGCGCUGGAGGGAUUUUACGUCGAUUUCUACUUGUCUUCUUGGAUUGUCUGCUACUAUUACAGCUAGCGCAAUACGUACCCACAGCCUCUGCAGAAGCCCACUGUAUUUGGUAUGGCGUUUGUUCAAGUGACCCAAUCAGACCGACAAACUGCGCUUACAAUGGAACAGCAAAACCCAUCCCUAGUACAGCAAUGACGAUCAUGAAGAAGUACUGCCCGUCUAUCGCAGCCGGCGGUGUCUCCUGCUGCAGUGACGAGCAGAUGGACAACUUGGCUUCAAAGAUCAUGCCCGCAGAGAAUCUCUUACAAAGAUGUCCAUCUUGUUUCGAGAACUUUGUCCAACACAUAUGUGGGAUGACUUGCUCGCCGAAUCAGAGCGACUUUCUGUAUCCCGCUGAAGUUGUUCCGUUCAACGCUACCCACCAGAAAAUCACCACAAUCACCUACGACCUUAGCGCUAAAUACAUGAACACCACGUUUGAAUCCUGUCUACAGGUGCAAGCGCCGUCAACCAAUCAACUGGCUUUGGACCUUAUGUGCGGGGAGUAUGGUGCAGAAUACUGUACGCCGGAGCGGUGGUUCAAGUUUAUGGGAGACGUGGCGAAUUUUGCGCCCUUCCAGAUCAACUACGUGAAUGAUCCAGUGCCAGAACAUGGAUUGAUGCCCUACGAUCCCGUCACAAGACCCUGUAAUGAAGGAGCACCCGGUCAACCCGGCUGUUCAUGUCUGGACUGCAGUGCCUCAUGUCCCGCUCCCCCACCGCCCCCACCUCCAAUGGUUCCCUUCACCAUCCUCGGAGCUGACGGGUAUGCCGUCAUCAUGGCUAUCGUCUUCGUCAUUUUCACAACCCUGUUCCUCUCAGGAGUAUUCUGCUGCACUCCCCAAGACAACGCUGUCGACGGGUGGGCGCGCAGCGGCGAGGCGCGGCGACGCGGCGGCCCAGAGACCAGUCCGCUGCACUCGCACCGCUCCAGUGUAGCUUCAGAGAACAAUCAGGAGAUGGCAACGAACCCUAGGACUCUUGGUUGGUCUGCUGACCAGCCUGAUGGUGUGGAAGGAGAAGCGUCGUUCUUUGAAAAGCUUGGAGCGGAGACUGAGACUAAGAUGGAGGACUUCUUCCAAUGGUGGGGAUACCACAUGGCGUCCCGUCCUUGGCUUGUUCUCUUUGUGGGUCUGUGUAUAGUGGUGGGUCUUGGCCACGGUAUCAGCUACAUGCGUGUGACGACCAACCCAGUGGAGCUCUGGGCUGCGCCUAACUCACGUUCCCGUAUGGAGCGAGAAUACUUCGACUCGCACUUUGAACCGUUCUACAGAAACGAGAUGUUGAUCAUCACCUCAAAAGGCCUGCCUAAGAUCGAGCACAACACACCAAACGGUGACAUCACCUUCGGACCUGUCUUCAACGCCACUUUCCUUAAAGAUGUGCUGGAAUUACAGAACAAAAUCAUGGCUCUGGGCAACGAGACAGGUAUCCAGGACAUUUGCUUCGCUCCGCUGACGUCAUCGUUCAGUGGUCCCAUCAAACCAUACGACUGUGUGGUGCAGUCUGUCUGGGGAUGGUGGCAGAACGAUAUCAGCAACUUUGAAGCUGAAGAAGAGGACGGAGAAUAUCUUAACACUAUUCUCAAGUGCUCUGGUAAUCCAUUCCUGCCGGAAUGCCUUGGUUCGUACCGCGGCCCAGUGCUGCCCGCAGUAGCGCUGGGCGGGUUCCUGGCGCCGGGCGAGGCACUCAGCAAGAGGAGCAGGUUCCACGACGCCACCGCACUCAUCAUCACACUACUUGUUAACAACAAACACGACAGGGAACAGUUGAAACCGGCUUUGGAAUGGGAGAAAGAAUUCAUUGCGUUCAUGAAGAACUAUACUGCGACGCAAAUGCCUUCGUACAUGGACAUUGCGUAUACUUCCGAGCGAUCUAUUGAAGAUGAAUUGGAGAGAGAGUCACAAUCAGACGUGUCCACCAUCCUGGUGUCUUACUUCAUCAUGUUCGCGUAUAUCGCCAUCUCACUUGGAAGGUUCACCGGCUUCUCAAGGCUCCUUAUUGAUAGCAAAGUCACCUUGGGUCUUGGAGGUGUGACAAUCGUACUAGCGUCAGUAGUAUGUUCAGUGGGUAUGUUUGGUUUCGCUGGAGUACCAGCGACGCUGAUCAUCAUCGAAGUGAUUCCUUUCCUGGUGCUGGCUGUCGGAGUCGAUAAUAUCUUCAUCCUGGUGCAAACUAACCAGAGAGAGGGCAGGCGGCCUAACGAAACUGUUGCUGAACAUAUUGGAAGGACACUGGGUCAAGUAGGUCCAUCAAUGUUCCUGACAUCAAUGUCGGAGUCAGUAUGUUUCUUCCUGGGCGCUCUGUCCGACAUGCCGGCCGUGCGAGCCUUCGCCCUGUACGCGGGCGCAGCGCUAUUGGUCGACUUCUUGCUACAAGUUACCUGCUUCGUGGCUUUAUUGGCUAUUGAUACGCAUCGGCAGAAUGCUAACAGGUUCGACGUGUUGUGCUGCGUGCAGGGCACGAAGGCGGCGGGCGCGGAGGGCGGCGAGGGCGCGCUCUACAACGUCUUCCGCCAGCUCUACGUGCCCUUCCUCAUGAAGCGGGAGGUGCGCGCCUCCGUCAUGAUACUGUUCUUCGCCUGGCUCUGCUCCUCUGUGGCCGUUGCACCUCACAUAGAAAUCGGUUUAGAUCAAGAACUCUCGAUGCCUCAAGACAGCUUCCAACUGAAAUACUUCCAAUAUCUAAACCGUUACCUGAACAUUGGACCACCAGUAUACUUCGUGAUCACUGAAGGAUUAGACUACUCGGACUUGGAGACACAGAAUAUGGUAUGCGGCACCAGGUUCUGCAGGUCAGACAGUGUCUCUAUGCAACUGUAUUCUGCGUAUCGUACUCCAAACGAGACCUACAUAGCACAGCCGCCGAACUCCUGGCUGGACGACUUCUUCGACUGGGCGUCUUUGAAGAGUUGCUGCAAGUACUUCCCCACCAACUCUAGCUUCUGUCCUAGCAGCCGUGGAACACCGUGCAAGGAAUGUCAAAUCCAACUACAAGGAAACGAGCAACGUCCAGACGCGGCCGACUUCAACCAUUACGUGCCAUUCUUCCUGCAAGACAUCCCCGACCCGGACGGCUGCGUGAAGGGCGGCCACGCCGCGUACGGCCAGGCCGUCAACUACCACAUGCUCAACAAGUCGCAAGCCAAGGUCGGCGCCACCUACUACCAGGGCUACCACACCGUGCUCAAGACGAGCCACGACUACUACUCCGCGCUCAAAGGAGCUAGAGGAGUGGCUGCCAACCUUACUGAGACUUUGAACAGGAACUUGAAAGAACAAGGGAAGAAUACAACUGUGAACGUGUUCCCAUACUCUGUGUUCUAUGUGUUCUAUGAACAGUAUUUGACUAUGUGGCCUGAUACACUGAAGUCUAUGGGCAUAUCUGUGCUGUCAAUCUUCAUUGUAACCUUUUUGUUGAUGGGCUUCGAUCUGUUCUCGGCUUUGGUGGUAGUUAUUACGAUUACAAUGAUCGUGGUGAAUCUCGGAGGUCUGAUGUAUUGGUGGGGCAUCAGUUUGAAUGCAGUCUCACUUGUUAAUUUAGUGAUGGCGGUGGGUAUAGCGGUGGAGUUCUGUUCGCACGUGGUGCACGCGUUCAGCGUGGCGGGGGGCGCGGGCCGCCGCGACCGCGCCGCCGCCGCGCUCACCCGCAUGGGCUCCUCCGUGCUCUCCGGCAUCACGCUCACCAAGUUCGGCGGCAUCAUCGUGCUCGGCACCGCCAAGAGCCAGAUAUUCCAGGUGUUCUACUUCCGCAUGUACCUGGGCAUCGUGUUACUGGGCGCGGCGCACGGACUCAUCUUCCUGCCCGUCAUGCUCAGCUAUAUCGGUUCCCCCGUCAACAAACAGAAGCUCGCCAACCAACUCCUGCGCAGCAAGGACGUCGCGGUCACUGAGACGUCGCUCACUCGAGUAAGAGACGCGAGGGGACACCCAUACACCCACUAUAACUUUGAAUCGCUUCCCGCGUGA